AUGUCGAACGUUUUCUUCCCUUACUCCAAGGCGCCUUUGCGCACCAUCAAGGAGAUCCAGUUCGGCCUUUUCGCGCCCGAGGAAAUUAAGCGCAUGAGUGUGGUCCAUGUGGAAUAUCCUGAGACACUGGACGAACAACGUCAGCGCCCCCGGACCAAGGGUAUCAACGACCCACGCCUCGGAACAAUCGACCGUCAGUACAACUGUGAGACUUGUGAGGAGGGACCGAAGGAAUGCCCCGGACACUUCGGCCACAUUGAACUCGCGUCUCCGGUCUAUCACAUUGGUUUCUUGACUAAGAUCAAGAAGCUGUUGGAGACUGUGUGCCACAACUGUGGAAAGAUCAAGGCCAACACGGCCGAUUCCAAGUUUCUCGAAGCUCUUCGCAUGCGAGACCCGAAGCGGCGCUUUGACCACAUCUGGAGACUCUCCAAAGACGUGCUGGUCUGUGAAGCCGACCCCCCUGCGGAUGACGAAGAAUAUGCCAAGGAGUCUCAGAAAGGACCCUCUCAUGGUGGAUGCGGAAACGCCCAGCCCACGGUUCGAAAGGAAGGCAUAACUCUAGUUGGGACGUGGAAGCCCAGCAAGAGCAUGAUGGAAGAUGAGAUGGCACAGCCGGAGAAAAAGGUUAUCACGCCUGCAAUGGCUCUGAACAUCUUCCGCAACAUCUCCCAUGAAGAUGUCCGCAUUAUGGGUUUGAGCAACGACUACGCCCGUCCUGAAUGGAUGGUGCUUACGGUUUUGCCCGUCCCACCCCCCACCGUUCGACCCAGUGUCAUGAUGGGAGCCACUAGUGGGGCCCGCGGUGAGGAUGACCUGACUUACAAGUUGGCGGAAAUCGUGCGCGCAAACCAGAACGUCCAACGCUGUGAGCAAGAGGGUGCCCCGGAACACGUCAUCCGCGAGUUCGAGUCUCUGCUGCAGUACCACAUCGCCACUUACAUGGACAACGAUAUUGCUGGUCAGCCCAAGGCUAUGCAAAAGGGAAACAGACCCGUUAAGGCUUUGCGCAGCCGUCUUAAGGGCAAGGAAGGUCGUUUGCGUCAAAACUUGAUGGGCAAGCGUGUCGACUUUUCCGCCCGUACCGUCAUCACGGGUGACCCGAACCUUUCGCUUGAUGAGGUUGGUGUGCCGGUCUCCACCGCCAAGGUCUUGACCUAUCCAGAGGUGGUUACUCCGUACAACAUCGAGCAUCUUCAGUGGUUGGUUUCAAAUGGUCCCAGCAUGCACCCUGGUGCCAGGUACAUCGUUCGUGACAAUGGUGAGCGUAUUGACCUUCGUCAUGCAAAGCGUGCUGGCACUCAGCAGCUACUGUACGGAUGGAAGGUGGAGCGCCACAUCGACGAUGGCGAUGUCAUUCUGUUUAACCGGCAGCCUUCGCUUCACAAGGAAUCUAUGAUGGGUCACCAUGUCCGUGUCAUGCCCUUCUCGACCUUCCGGUUGAAUUUGUCUGUCACGACUCCUUACAACGCUGAUUUCGAUGGUGACGAGAUGAACUUGCACGUCCCACAGAGUGAAGAGGCUCGGGCUGAACUGUCGGAGCUUGCUCUUGUGCCCAAGAACAUCGUCUCUCCUCAGCGCAACGGUCCCCUCAUGGGUAUUGUGCAGGAUACUCUCUGUGGUAUCUACAAGAUCUGCCGCCGGGAUGUUUUCCUUUCCAAGGACCAGGUCAUGAACCUCAUGCUUUGGGUCCCGGGCUGGGAUGGUGUCAUUCCACCCCCGGCUAUCAUGAAGCCCCGUCCACGGUGGACUGGAAAGCAAAUGAUCAGCAUGGCCUUCCCCUCUGGUCUCAAUCUUUUGCGUGUUGACAAGGACAGCUCGCCACUCUCUGAGAAGUUCAGCCCCCUCACGGACGGCGGCCUUCUCAUUCACGGUGGUCAGCUCAUGUACGGCAUGCUCUCCAAGAAGACUGUUGGUGCCAGUGGUGGGGGUGUCAUUCACACUAUCUUCAAUGAGUAUGGCCCGGACACCGCCGUCAAGUUCUUCAACGGCGCCCAGACCAUUGUCAACCACUGGUUGUUGCACAACGGUUUUAGUAUCGGUAUUGGUGACACGAUUCCCGAUUAUAACACUAUCCAGAAGAUUGAAGAGGCUGUUCGGGAGCGGAAGAAGGAGGUUGAGUCGAUCACCGUCAGCGCCACUGACAGCACCUUGGAGCCGUUGCCUGGUAUGAACGUGCGUGAGACUUUCGAGAGCAAGGUCUCCCGGGCUCUCAACAACGCCCGUGAUGAAGCCGGUGCCGCGACCGAGAAGAGUUUGAAGGACAUCAACAAUGCCAUUCAAAUGGCGCGCUCCGGUUCCAAGGGCUCUACUAUCAACAUUUCUCAAAUGACCGCAGUCGUGGGCCAGCAGUCGGUGGAAGGCAAGCGUAUUCCGUUUGGCUUCAAGUAUCGAACUUUGCCGCACUUCACCAAAGAUGACUAUUCUCCCGAGUCGCGUGGAUUCGUCGAGAACUCUUACCUUCGUGGCUUGACCCCGACCGAGUUCUUCUUCCACGCCAUGGCUGGUCGAGAAGGUUUGAUCGAUACCGCCGUGAAGACAGCCGAAACUGGUUACAUUCAGCGUAAGCUUGUAAAGGCUCUCGAAGAAGUCAUGGUCAAGUAUGAUGGCACUGUCCGCAAUUCCCUGGGCGACAUUAUCCAGUUCAUUUACGGAGAGGAUGGUCUGGAUGGCGCACACAUCGAGAACCAGCGGGUCGACAUCAUUCGAUGCUCCGAUGACAAGUUCAGGGAUCGCUUCCGUGUCGACGUUAUGGACCCCGAGCGAACUCUCGGCCCCGAGGUCUUGGAACAGGCCAACGAAAUUGCGGGUGACAUGGAGGUCCAGCGAUACUUCGACGAGGAAUGGGAGGCGCUCCUCAAGGACCGUGCUUUCCUCCGAACCGUGGCCAAGGAAGACGAAGAGAUGAUGCAGCUGCCCAUUAACGUGCAGCGAAUCCUGGAAAUGGCACGCACGACCUUCCGCAUUCGCGAGGGUACCAUCAGUGACCUGCACCCUGCCGAGGUCAUUCCUCAAGUUCAGGCACUUUUGGACCGUCUGUUGGUUGUUCGUGGUAACGAUGUCAUCUCGCAAGAGGCCCAAGAGAAUGCAACUCUGCUGUUCAAGGCUCAGCUACGCAGUCGCCUUGCCUUCCGUCGCCUUGUCACGGAUUACUCGCUCAACAAACUUGCUUUCCAAAAUGUUAUUGGUGCUAUCGAGAGCCGAUUCGCUCAUGCAGCGGCUAAUCCUGGAGAAAUGGUUGGUGUCCUUGCCGCUCAGUCCAUUGGUGAACCCGCCACUCAGAUGACGUUGAACACCUUCCACUUUGCUGGUGUGUCUUCUAAGAACGUCACUCUUGGUGUGCCGCGUCUCAAGGAGAUUCUCAAUGUGGCCACCAACAUCAAAACGCCCUCUAUGACUGUGUACCAGGAGGCCCACAAGUCGGGAGACAAGGAGGGUGCGAAACAGUUGCGAAGCGUUGUUGAGCAUACCAGCUUGCGGUCCGUUACGGAGGCGACUGAGAUCUACUAUGACCCUGACAUCCAGACCACCGUUAUUGAGAAUGACCGGGACAUGGUUGAAUCAUACUUCAUCAUUCCCGAAGACGCUGGCGAUGACGUGGCUCACCAGUCCAAGUGGCUGCUUCGUAUCGUCCUCAGCCGACCCAAGCUUCUUGACAAGGGUCUGACGGUGCAGGAAGUUGCCAGCAAGAUCAAGCAGGCGUACCCUCGGGACAUUGCCGUCAUCUUCAGUGACAACAACGCCGAUGAGCAGGUUAUCCGUAUUCGCCAGAUCCAAGACUACAAGGAUGAUGAAGACGACGAUGUGGAAUAUGACGUGACGCUGAAGAAGCUUGAACAGCACCUCCUGGACACCCUGACUCUUCGUGGUGUCCCUGGCGUUGAACGUGCAUUCAUCAACGAGAAGAGCAAGGUUCGUGUUCUCGAGGAUGGGACGCUCUUCACGAGCAAGUCCGACCCUCUCUGCAAGGAAUGGGUUCUUGAAACCAGUGGUUCUUCUCUUGGUGCGGUGCUCGCCAUUCCUGGCGUCGAUUCUACGCGCACAUACUCCAACCAGUUCAUCGAAAUUUUCGAAGUCUUUGGUAUAGAGGCUGCGCGUACUGCAGUGCUCCGUGAGCUAACCCAGGUGCUUGCCUUUGAUGGUUCGUAUGUCAACCACCGACACUUGGCCCUCCUGGUCGAUGUCAUGACCGUGCGCGGCUACCUCACUCCCGUUACUCGCCAUGGUAUCAACCGUGCCGACAACGGUGCGCUCAUGCGUUGCUCGUUCGAAGAAACUGUGGAGAUUUUGCUGGAGGCUGCUGCUUUCGGAGAGCUCGACGACUGCCGUGGGGUGUCGGAGAACUUGAUCCUUGGCCAGAUGGCGCCCGCAGGAACGGGAGAGUUCGACGUCUACCUGGACCAGAGUCUGCUGAACACGGUCGUGUCGAACAACGCCCGCUUCGGACUCAUGGGUGCUGUUGGUGCCAAGGAUGCCAUCAUUCCGGACGGUGCUGCCACUCAAUAUGACACCGGUUCGCCCAUGGCGAGUACCCCUUACAUGGCCGAUGGCGACCCAGAUGCAAGCUUCUCUCCCAUCCGUCAGGUUGGUGCCGAUACUUCUGGAGCCAUCACCGAUUACCAGCCUUUGCUCGGUGGAUACAGCCCGGCGGCUCGCAGUCCUGGCUACUCUCCCAGCAGCCCUUUCAAUGCCAGCCCUACGUCGCCUGUCUACUCGCCUUCGUCGAGUUACUCUCCCACGUCUCCUGGCAUUGGCAUGACAAGCCCCCGCUUCGUCACCUCGCCUGGCUUCUCGCCUGCUAGCCCAUCGUUUGCUCCUACCUCUCCGGCUUACUCGCCGACGUCGCCUGCCUAUGGCCAAGCGUCUCCGACGUCCCCGUCGUACUCGCCCACUUCACCUGGGUUCUCGCCGACGUCGCCCAACUACAGCCCCACGUCGCCCAGCUUCAGUCCGGCCUCGCCUGCGUUUAGUCCUACUUCGCCCAGCUACAGCCCCACCAGUCCUGCGAUUGGUGGUGCCGGCCGGCACCUGUCUCCUACCUCCCCAACUUCUCCCAAGUACACUCCCACCUCUCCUGGCUGGUCGCCCACGAGCCCUCAGUCUUACUCGCCGACCUCUCCCAACUUCGCUGGCUCCCCGACGUCUCCCGGUUACAGCCCGACCUCGCCGGCUUACAGCCCUACGUCGCCUCGCCAGUGA